AUGAAUAAAAUGGCAAUAUUCUCAUAUUUUGAACAUUAUCUGUUAUCUCCUAUUUUUAAAGUAUAUAUGCUUUGAUUUUAUCACAGUUUAAAGGAGAGUAAUUUUUCUAAUUUAUUUUUGAAGAAUAAACAACUUUACCAAAGCUUUCGAAUAAUUAAUCUAGAAAAGGAUAGCUUAGGAUAUUGUUAGAGAAGAUCAAAUUUAUUAGAUAGUUUCAGAGGAGUCAAGGUAAAGAGUUAUUCUAAUAAAAACAAAAUUGAAAUAGUAUUAGAACUUGUGA